CCUGUCCAUCUUAGCGGGCUGUACCGGUCAGAUUUGUGCGGCGAACACGCUAGGUGUAGUGCAUUGCUUGUGUUCAUCGUGAACGAUGCUGGUUCUCACUGGUUCCUCCGCUUUGUCUCCUUCAAAAAGGCAAGCGUUGCUUGAAGCCGCUCAGAGCUCUCGUCCCAACAUCCUUUCCGUCGAUGCCGUCUACAUUCAUCUGGUCGACUGCCCAUCAGUCGAAGGAGAAUCUGACCUGUCUCAAUCCUCGUCUCAACCUCGCCAGGUGCUGAAUCGACUAUUGGAUUAUGGAGAUUCGAUUUCUCUGGAGAAUACGCAAGCGGCGAUCGCGAGAGGGUCGGGGCUUGUGUAUGUCUUUCCCAGGCCUGGUUCUGUCUCUCCCUGGUCCAGCAAAGCCACGGACAUUGCCAGGCUCUGUGAUCUUGGUGAAUACAUUGAACGUUUGGAGCGUGGUGUCGUCUUUGUCUUUACGAUGAAGGAAGGACUCUUCACGUCGCAAGAUCUUAUUGUGGUAGCCCCGCUUCUUCAUGACAGGAUGACUCAGAUCGUACAACUCGAACCUCCUUCUCCUGAAGACAUCUUCCGACAUCGCGAUCCUAAACCUCUCCGAACCAUCGAUCUUGCAGCGAAUGAUGACCUUUCACCACGACAACGCCUCGAGCGCGCAAACAAGUCCUUGGGCCUCGCUCUUGCUUCCGAUGAGAUCGACUAUCUUGUGGAAGCUUUCGUCUCAGGAAAGUCUCCCAUUGAUCGCAAUCCGACUGAUGCCGAACUAUUCAUGUUCGCGCAAGUGAACUCGGAACACUGUCGCCAUAAGAUCUUCAAUGCAUCAUGGUCGAUCGAUGGUCAAGCUCUCGACAAGUCUCUUUUUCAAAUGAUUCGUAACACAGAGCAGAUCAACGGACUCGGAACGCUCUCGGCCUAUUCGGACAACGCCGCUGUCUUUGAGGGACGAACUGCACCUCGUUUUGGCGUCGCAUAUGCGCCCGACAGCACUCUCACCCCCUCUGCCCGCCAUCUCUACCAAUCCUCUGACGAAGCCAUGCCUGUCCUGAUUAAAGUCGAGACACAUAAUCAUCCCACUGCCGUUUCCCCUUACCCCGGCGCUGCUACCGGUUCAGGUGGCGAGAUCCGUGACGAAGGUGCUGUAGGACGCGGAUCCAAACCCAAGGCUGGCCUUGCGGGCUUCACGACGUCCAAUCUCCUGAUUCCCGGGUACAUUCAGCCUUGGGAAACCGACUUUGGCAAGCCAGCGCAUAUCGCUUCCGCCCUUGACAUCAUGAUCGAAGGCCCACUCGGGGCAAGUGCUUUCAACAAUGAGUUUGGCCGUCCAGCGCUCGCGGGAUAUUUCCGCACUUUUUGUGAGAACGUCCCCGUAUCUGAAACUGCCACGGAGGUGCGCGGAUACCACAAGCCUAUCAUGCUCGCAGGUGGGCUGGGGAAUGUCCGUCCCCAAUUUGCAAACAAGUCCACGAUCGAUGCCGGCGCGAAGAUCGUUGUCCUUGGUGGUCCUGGGAUGCUGAUAGGUCUGGGAGGAGGGGCGGCGUCAAGCCAGUCUCUCGGCUCUGGGUCUGCAGACUUAGAUUUCGCCUCAGUCCAGAGGGACAAUGCCGAGAUGCAACGUAGGUGCCAGCAGGUCAUCGAUGCUUGUGUGAACCUCGGUGAUCAGAGUCCGAUUCAAAGCAUCCACGACGUUGGGGCGGGAGGGUUGUCCAAUGCGCUGCCAGAGCUAGUCCACGAUUCAGGGCUGGGCGCGAUCUUUGAAAUCAGAGACGUGCCUGUCGCUGAUUCUAGCAUGUCGCCGAUGGAGAUAUGGUGUAAUGAGUCUCAAGAACGAUACGUCUUGGCCAUCUCUCCACAGAAGGAAGAUCUUUUCCGGGAGUUGGCUGAACGAGAACGAUGCAUCUUCGCCAUCGUCGGUACUGCAACCGCGGAGGAAGAUCUCAUCGUUACAGAUCGCCUACUGCAGGAGGAUGUCAUUCAUCUCAGCAUGUCGACACUGUUUGGAAAGCCCCCUCGUAUGUCGCGGUCUGACAAUACUCGCACCGUCCACCGCUCUUCCUUUGACACCACUUUAUCGUCGUACAUACCCUUACUCUCGUUCAAUGAGCGUCUAUCGGAGGCUGCAUCUCGCGUCCUCCGACUCCCCUCUGUCGCCUCUAAAUCUUUCCUUAUCACCAUCGGCGAUCGCACGAUCACUGGCCUCGUCACCAGAGAUCAGAUGGUCGGACCAUGGCAAGUUCCCGUCGCCGACGUUGCAGUUACUCGUGCAUCUUAUGGGUUCAAUGUCCUCACUGGCGAGGCUAUGGCCAUGGGAGAGCGCACGCCCCUGGCCCUUAUUUCCCCAGCAGCAUCCGCACGGAUGGCGGUUGCCGAAUCACUCACCAAUCUGGCGGCCGCCCACAUUCGCGAUCUCGAACGCGUGAAGCUCAGCGCCAACUGGAUGUGUGCUGCAGGCAAGGCCGGGGAGGGCGCUGGGCUCUAUGAAGCAGUGCGUGCUGUCGGGAUGGAGCUCUGCCCCGCACUCGGAGUUGGAAUUCCUGUAGGAAAGGACUCGAUGUCGAUGGCCAUGCGGUGGAAGCAUGGCGAUGAAGACCGUGAGGUCAGCUCCCCUCUCUCGUUGAUCGUGACGGCCUUCGCGCCUGUCGACGAUGUCGGUGCCACGUGGACGCCAGAGUUGAAGACGAAUGUCGGGGAGUCCACUGUACUCGUUUUCUUCGACUUGGCAUUGGGCAAAUUUAGGCUUGGAGGAUCCGCGAUUGCACAGGUGUUUAAGGAGAUAGGGGACGAGGCGCCUGAUGUGGAGGACCCAAAAGCCGUCCGAGCCUUCUUCCAGGGUUGUCAGAAUAUCAGGAAAAGCGACCCUGGGCUUGUUCUAGCGUACCACGAUCGCUCAGAUGGAGGUCUUUUUACAACAUUGGCAGAGAUGGCCUUUGCCGGCAGGGUCGGGAUGGAGAUCUCACUUGACGCAUUGCACUCAACCGGUAACCCCGUGGAGAUUCUAUUCAACGAGGAGCUGGGCGCUGUCAUACAGGUCGCACAGAGUAAAGUCCAUCAACUUGUCGCUGCAUUCAAUCAAAAAGGAUUCCCGUCGACUUCGAUUCACGUUCUGGGCGCUAUCCAUGACGACCCGAAGCUCGACAGCAUUUCCAUCAUCUACAAAAGCGAUCCUAUCUUUGUCAGUACCCGCGCUGAUAUGCAGCGAAUCUGGUCGGAAACGUCUUACAAGAUGCAAUUAUUGCGUGACGACCCUGCCUGCGCAUCGGAAGAGUUCACCCUCAUAGAUGAUGCUUCCAAUCUAGGUCUAUCGCCCAAGGUUGCCAUCUUGCGAGAGCAAGGUGUGAACGGACAUGUCGAGAUGGCAUGGGCGUUCACUGCCGCAGGCUUCGAUGCUGUAGACGUACACAUGUCCGACGUCAUCUCUGGCAGUGUUUUACUGAAGGACUUCCGUGGUCUUGCAGCAUGUGGCGGCUUUUCGUAUGGAGAUGUUCUGGGAGCCGGUAAGGGUUGGGCAAACUCCGCACUCCUCCAUCGCGGCGCGCGAACAGCCUUCUCAGACUUCUUCGCUAGAGAUGACACGUUCGUGCUGGGAGUCUGCAAUGGAUGUCAAUUCCUGAGUCAUAUGAAGGAGGUCAUACCUGGGGCUGAGGACUGGCCGGAGUUCAAGCCGAAUAGGAGUGAGAGGUUUGAGGGCAGGGUAUCGAUGGUUGAAAUAGCGGACAAUGAGGUGACACGAUCUUCUGUUUUCCUUGCUGGCAUGGGCGGCUCGAGGAUGCCGGUCGCGGUUGCUCAUGGGGAAGGGCGUGCUGUAUUCCUUGGAGGCGCCGGACAGCUCGAGUCCAUAAAGAAGCGAGAGCUAGUAGCUCUCCAAUACGUCGACUCACAAGGAAAACCAACGAUGGCCUACCCAUUGAAUCCCAACGGGUCUCCUGAGGGGAUCACAGGACUCCAGACGCCAAAUGGCAGAGUACUCGCAUUAAUGCCUCACCCAGAGAGGGUCGUUGCAUUAGAGAGCAAUAGCUGGUAUCCCCAGGAGUUGAAAGAGAGCUGGAAAGGUAUGGGCCCAUGGUUUAGGCUGUUCGAAAAUGCACGAAAAUGGUGCAAUUAGACUGGGGUCUCUUAUUGAAGUCUCCGCUUCAUCCGUUUGUCAGAACACUUUAUAUAGGAAUGAACGCACAGGAGCGAAUUC